GUAAUUUUCCCUGCUCCGUUCCCAGGCCUCGCUUUACUUUCCGUCCAGGGAAGAUUGUUCUGCUCGUGAUCCUGCCGAGGAAAGAGACUCCGAUGGACUUGCACCGGGCAGCGUUCAAGAUGGAGAACUCACCCUAUCUUCCCAACCCGCUGGCCUCCCCAGCGCUGAUGGUUCUCGCUUCCACCGCUGAAGCCAGCCGUGAUGCUUCCAUUCCAUGCCAGCAGCCAAGGCCUUUUGGGGUCCCAGUGUCAGCAGAUAAGGACGUGCAUAUUCCCUUUACCAAUGGCUCAUAUACUUUUGCCUCCAUGUAUCACCGGCAAGGCGGGGUGCCGGGAGCAUUUGCAAACCGUGACUUUCCUCCAUCCUUGCUUCAUCUCCAUCCCCAAUUUGCACCCCCUAACCUGGACUGCACCCCGAUCAGUAUGUUGAACCACAGCGGUGUUGGGGCUUUCCGCCCCUUUGCGUCCACUGAAGACCGGGAGAGCUACCAGUCAGCCUUUACGCCGGCCAAGCGCCUGAAAAACUGCCAUGACACUGACUCACCCCAUCUGCGCUUCUCGGAUGCUGAUGGGAAGGAGUAUGAGUUUGGAACGCAGCUCCCCUCCAGCUCCCCCGGCUCUCUCAAAGUUGAUGAUACGGGGAAGAAGAUCUUUGCGGUUUCUGGCCUCAUUUCUGAUCGAGAAACUUCAUCCAGUCCUGAAGACCGAAGUGACAGAUGCAAAAAGAAGGCGACUUUGUUUGACAGCCAGGCUCCCAUCUGCCCCAUCUGCCAGGUCCUCCUUCGCCCUGGCGAGCUGCAGGAGCACAUGGAGCAGGAGCUGGAGAAGCUCACGCAGCUCAACAUCAGUAAGAACUCCAUCCUGAAGGAUGCCAUGGCAGCGGGUACCCCCAAGUCAAUUUUGUUGUCAGCCUCAAUCAAGCGGGAAGGAGAUUCUCCAACAGCAUCACCCCACUCUUCAGAUGACAUCCAUCACUCGGACAGGUAUCAGACCUUCCUGCGGGUGCGAGCGAACAGGCAGACCCGGCUGAAUGCUCGGAUUGGAAAAAUGAAACGGAGGAAGCAAGACGAAGGGCAGGUAUGUCCCCUCUGCAGCCGGCCUCUGUCAGGAUCCGAGGAGGAGAUGAGUAGGCAUGUGGAACAAUGCCUUGCAAAGAGAGAAGGUUCAUGCAUGACUGAGGAUGACUCUGUGGACAUCGAGAAUGAGAAUGGCAACCGCUUUGAAGAGUACGAGUGGUGUGGGCAGAAGAGGAUACGGGCUACUACUCUCCUGGAGGGAGGAUUUCGAGGUUCUGGAUUUAUCAUGUGCAGCGGCAAGGAGAAUCCAGACAGUGAUGCUGACCUGGAUGUGGAUGGUGAUGACACACUUGAAUACGGGAAACCACAGUACACCGAGGCAGACGUUAUCCCUUGCACUGGGGAAGAGCCAGGUGAAGCCAAAGAGAGGGAGGCGCUCCGCGGUGCUGUUUUAAAUGGUGGCACACCCAGUACUCGAAUAACACCGGAGUUUUCUAAAUGGGCCAGUGAUGAAAUGCCCUCAACGAGUAAUGGUGAGAGCAGUAAACAGGAGACCAUGCAGAAGACCUGUAAGAACAGUGACAUUGAAAAAAUUACAGAAGACUCUGCAGUGACAACAUUUGAAGCGUUAAAGGCUCGUGUCCGUGAGUUAGAAAGGCAGCUUUCCCGUGGGGACCGCUAUAAAUGUCUCAUUUGCAUGGACUCGUACACAAUGCCCCUGACUUCCAUUCAGUGCUGGCACGUGCACUGUGAAGAAUGCUGGCUGCGGACUCUGGGUGCCAAGAAGCUCUGUCCCCAGUGUAACACCAUCACGUCUCCCGGAGACCUUCGGCGCAUCUACUUAUGAAGGACCCAGCGGGAGGGCAGGACCCGGCUACUCGCCUCAGCUCAUCACACCAUGGGGGAAAAGAACGACAGCAACAAAAAAAACAGACGUUUUAAAAUUAAAAAGAAAAAAAAAAGACCCAGAGACUCCAGAUGUGGACUUGAGGAUAUAGAAGCAGUGAGGAGCCUUGGCUCCCAGGUGUUGAGACCUCCUUCAGCAUCUGCAGCGGGCAAAACCAAACCCUUCGUUGUGAAGCCCCCUUUUUUAAAACCAGUGUUCCCCAUCGCCCCAUUCCCUGGAGCUGGCUUUGCAUCGCGGAUGGCUCAUGAGCCCUCCUUUGGACUGUGUUGUUGACCACUCUGACCCCAGGACACUGGGGAAGGGACCCUUGACAGAAAGAUGUUAAAUAACCUGUAACUUGUGUUUUUGUUCAGUUUUUUGUUUGUUUUUUGUUUUGGGUUUUGGUUUGGUUUGGUUUUGUUUUUUUUGUGGUGUUCUAGUGAUAAAAAAAAAAAGGUUUAAAGAAAAAAAAACACACCCAGGCAGAAAUGAAGCACAUGUAAUAUAGAUUAUAUAUGUUUACAAUGUUGUGUAUAAAUGGGAUAGACUCAAACAUUACAUACUAAUAAGUUUCCCUUUCCUUUUUUUUGGGUUGUAUUUUUUUUAAAGAAGAAAAAAAAAUGAGCAGAGAACAUUAAACCCAUAUUUUUCUUGGUUCAGCAAA